AUGGGUAUGGAUAAAGUUUACAAGUUGGAAAAGGCCAUGUAUGGAUUGAAACAAGUGCUAAGAGUUUGGUAUAACACCCUCUCGUGUUUUCUAAUCAACUGUGGAUUCACGAAAGGUCAAGUUGACAAAACCCUAUUCUGGAUCAAUGAUGGAGAUCAUAUUCUAUUGGUGCAAAUAUACGUUGAUGAUAUUAUCUUUGGAAACACUAAUCCAUCCCUAAGUGAAAAAUUCUCCAAGCUCAUGCAGCCCGUGAUUUGGCAAUCAAUCAAGGAUAAGCUCAUUCUGCCUUUUCUGGAGUUGGAUAUAAAGUACUUUGACCUUGGCCUCCCUCACCGUGAUGCCACAGAUGAUAAGGUUACAGUUGAAAGUGCAGAGGCUACCUUGAAGUAUAAUGUAGCAAUUAAGUGUGCAACAAUAACUCCAGAUGAAGCUCGUGUGAAGGAGUUUGACCUGAAGCAUAUGUGGAAGAGUCCAAAUGGGACAAUUAGGAACAUUUUGCAUAUGUGGAAGAGUCCAAAUGGGACAAUUAGGAACAUUUUGAAUGGCACUGUAUUCAGAGAGCCAAUUCUUUGCAAGAACAUUCCCCACCUUGUCCCAAGUUGGAACAAACCAAUAUGCAUUGGAAGACAUGCAUUUGGUGAUCAGUACCGAGCAACUGAUACAGUUAUUCAAGGAGCUGGAAAACUCAAACUGGUUUUUGGUAAAAGCCUUUCUUAGACUUUUAAAAAUUUAUUGGUUCCA